AUGGGGGCUGGAGCGAGCGCCGAGGAGAAACACUCCAGAGAGCUGGAGAAGAAGCUGAAAGAGGAUGCCGACAUCGAUGCCAGAACCGUCAAGCUGCUGCUUCUAGGUGCUGGAGAAUCAGGCAAAAGCACUAUUGUCAAACAGAUGAAAAUUAUCCACAAAGAUGGUUACUCACUUGAAGAAUGCUUGGAGUUCAUUGUCAUCAUCUACAGCAACACCCUGCAGUCCAUGAUGGCCAUUGUGAAGGCCAUGACCACACUAAAUAUUAACUUUGGCCAUGCUGAUCAGCAGGAUGAUGCCAGGAAACUCAUGCAUCUUGCAGACACUAUUGAGGAAGGCUUCAUGCCUAAAGAGUUGUCGGAAAUCAUUUUGCGCCUGUGGAAGGACUCUGGCAUACAGGCGUGCUUUGACAGGGCCUCAGAGUACCAACUCAACGACUCCGCCGGAUACUACCUGAACGACUUGGAGCGACUGGUCCAACCGGGCUACGUGCCCACUGAGCAGGAUGUGCUGCGAUCAAGAGUGAAGACCACUGGUAUCAUCGAGACAACGUUUUCCUUCAAAGAUCUCCAUUUCAGAAUGUUUGAUGUGGGUGGCCAGAGGUCAGAGAGGAAGAAGUGGAUCCAUUGUUUUGAAGGUGUGACCUGUAUCAUCUUCAUUGCUGCUUUGAGCGCCUUCGACAUGGUGCUGGUGGAGGAUGAUGAAGUGAAUCGAAUGCACGAGAGUCUGCACUUGUUCAACAGUAUCUGCAACCACCGCUACUUUGCCGCCACCUCCAUUGUACUCUUCCUCAACAAGAAAGAUGUGUUCGUUGAGAAGAUCAAGAAGGCUCAUCUCAGCAUGUGCUUCCCAGAAUACGAUGGCCCCAAUACUUAUGAGGAUGCUGGUGUCUACAUUAAAAUGCAGUUCUUGGACCUGAACCUGCGCAAAGACAUCAAAGAAAUCUACUCUCACAUGACCUGUGCCACAGACACAGAGAACGUCAAGUUUGUGUUUGACGCCGUUACCGAUAUCAUCAUCAAAGAAAACUUGAAAGAUUGUGGUCUCUUCUAA